AUGCAUAAGCGAUUGGCCUUGUCGUUCCCAGAAGAAGUGCUGGAGCACGUCUUCUCGUUCAUCGAGCUGGACAAGGAUAGGAACUCGGUCUCGCUGGUGUGCAAGUCGUGGUACGAGAUCGAGCGAUGGUGCCGGAGGAAAGUCUUCAUCGGGAACUGCUACGCCGUGACCCCAGCGACGGUGAUCCGGAGGUUCCCGAAAGUGAGAUCCGUUGAGCUCAAGGGAAAGCCUCACUUCGCUGACUUCAAUUUGGUGCCUGAUGGAUGGGGAGGUUACGUGUAUCCAUGGAUUGAGGCCAUGUCGUCGUCGUACACGUGGCUUGAGGAGAUAAGGCUGAAGAGGAUGGUGGUGACGGACGAGUGCUUGGAGCUCAUCGCUAAGUCCUUUAAGAAUUUCAAAGUUCUCGUCCUCUCUUCCUGCGAAGGCUUCUCCACCGAUGGUCUCGCUGCUAUCGCUGCUACUUGCAGGAAUCUGGAAGAGCUUGAUUUGCGGGAGAGUGAUGUUGAUGAUGUCAGCGGGCACUGGCUUAGCCAUUUCCCAGACACAUACACAUCUUUGGUAACACUCAACAUCUCAUGCUUAGCCUCUGAGGUCAGUUUCUCUGCUCUGGAAAGGCUGGUGAGUAGGUGUCCCAACCUCAAGUCUCUGAAGCUUAACCGAGCCGUUCCUCUUGAAAAAUUGGCAACUCUACUUCAACGAGCACCUCAACUGGAGGAACUGGGAACCGGUGGGUACACUGCUGAAGUGCGACCAGAUGUGUUCUCUGGUUUAUCUGUAGCUCUCUCCGGGUGCAAGAAGUUGAAGGGCUUAUCUGGGUUUUGGGAUGCUGUUCCUGCCUAUCUUCCAGCAGUUUAUUCGGUUUGCAGUCGGCUUACAACUUUGAACCUGAGUUAUGCAACAGUCCAGAGCUAUGAUCUUGUCAAGCUUCUUAGUCAGUGUCCCAAGUUGCAGCGCCUCUGGGUGCUAGACUACAUUGAGGAUGCUGGACUUGAGGUGCUUGCUUCAACCUGCAAGGAGCUUCGUGAGCUGAGGGUGUUUCCGUCUGAGCCUUUUGUCAUGGAAGCAAACGUUGGAUUGACGGAGCAGGGGCUUGUCUCCGUCUCUGAGGGCUGUCCAAAGCUCGAGUCGGUUCUCUACUUCUGCCGUCAAAUGACCAAUGCUGCGUUGGUGACGAUUGCUAGGAACCGACCCAACAUGACACGCUUCCGUUUGUGCAUCAUUGAGCCAAAAGCACCUGACUAUCUGACUCUAGAGCCACUGGAUGUGGGAUUUGGAGCCAUAGUAGAGCACUGCAAGGAUCUUCAACGCCUCUCCUUAUCAGGGCUGUUGACGGACAAGGUUUUCGAAUACAUUGGGACAUACGCCAAGAAGAUGGAAAUGCUGUCAGUGGCGUUUGCAGGAGAUAGUGACUUAGGGAUGCAUCAUGUUCUGUCAGGUUGCGAUAGCUUGAGGAAGCUGGAGAUAAGGGACUGCCCGUUUGGAGACAAGGCGCUUUUGGCGAAUGCUUCAAAGCUGGAGACAAUGCGAUCCCUUUGGAUGUCUUCUUGUUCGGUGAGUUUUGGAGCCUGCAAGUUGUUAGGAGAGAAGAUGCCAAAGCUCAAUGUGGAAGUCAUCGACGAAAGGGGCCCACCCGACUCCAGACCAGAGAGCUGCCCUGUGGAGAGAGUGUUCAUAUACAGAACAGUGGCUGGUCCUCGGUUUGACAUGCCUGGCUUCGUCUGGAACAUGGACCAACACUCCACCAUGAGGUUUUCCAGGCAAAUCAUCACUACUAACGGAUUAUAA